CACUCUCGUUCAUUGUUGACAUCUUCAUGUGCCGAACUUAAAUCAGACACACGCUUGACGAAAUCAUCAGCUAUCAGCAUAAACAAGAUGACACAAAUUUUAAUUUUUACAAAAACAAAAUUCUAAAAUAUUUUUCAAACGUCAGGAAUUCGAAUUUGCACCCGUCAAAAUUAUCAGUCAUUCUAUAAGAGUUAUCAGCUCAGUACGUGGAUGAAAUUGGCAUUAGAUAAUAGUUUAUCAGCCCUCUCACAUCGCUUUUAUAAGCACUUCACUCUUGAUCAAGCAUCGCACGGUAGUAUACGAACCUCUCAGUAGUUCACAAUUAAGCGUAUUUUGUAGCUAUGCAGAAAAUUGUAAUAUUCGGAGGUACCGGCAUGACCGGACAGUGUGCCGUUCAACAUGCCCUACUUAAAGGUCUUCGGGUACGUUUGAUGGUACGUAGUGAGGCUACCCUGCCGGACACAUUCAAGGGCCGACUAGAAAUAGUAUCGGGAGAUGUUGUGAAUCUGAAUGAUGUGGCCAAUGCUAUCAAGGGCCAAGACCUUGUGUGCGUUGCUUUAGGAACUCGAAAUGAUCUGCAACCGACGACUGUAUUGUCUACUGGAAUGCAAAAUAUUGUCGAUGCCAUGAAAGCAGAAGGUAUGAAAAAGGUUUCCGUUUGUCUAUCAUCAUUCCUGUUCUUCGAACCGGACAAAGUUCCAAAAAUGUUUACCAAUCUGAACGCCGAACACAAGAAAAUGUUGGAUAUCAUCAAGGCAUCUGGUUUAGAAUAUCGUGCCGUCUUCCCACCGCACAUCGCCGACGAACCUGCCAGCGAGUACGUAACAGCAUUUGAUAAAUCUCCUGGAUUAACGCGUUCGAUUUCCAAGCUCGAUCUAGGAAAAUUUUUAAUCGAAUCUUUAUUUGACGACCAAUACACUGGCAAGCAAAUUGGAAUAUGUACGAAACCUAGCUGUUGAUGUAUCUGAUGCAAUAAAAUUUAUUUUCCGAAAACAA